UUCAAUAAUCAGCAAUACAAAAGGAGAACAAUUUAUAUGAACUUUCAGAAAAAUCAUUCGAGCUGAAUCAACCAACAUAAGCUAUUUUCUGACUCUUUUCAUUACGGUAAAAAUGCAUCUAAUUGCAGUCCUACUUGUAUUCUGCUGUAUAUCAUCAGCAAAAGCUGAUGGCGAAAAUGUCACAUCAUUAUGUGAAGUGGUAGCUAAAAGAACGAAAACCAAUUUUGUAAGAUCGCCAGUCAACUGUCAGGAGUUCUUUGAUUGCAGAGGCGAUUUGUCUUUGAGUAUCAAGAUGUCAUGUGGCAAAGGAACGGUGUUUUCUCAGUCUUUACAAGUCUGUGUUUAUAGACAUAGUGGUUUCGACGAUUGUGAUCGCGCCUUUUACGGAGGAAAGUUGAAUGAUCCGCUCUGUAAAAACGACACUGGACUAAACUACGACCCGCAAGACUGUGGCCGUUUUAUACCCUGUUUUGACGGUGCUUCAUAUCCUUCCAUGCCGUGUCAAAAGGAUCUUCAUUUCAGCAUCGAGCACCAAAGAUGUAUGGAACCCGAAGAAAGUAACUGUCAGCUGUAUACCUCAUAGUCAUGGAGAAGAUUCAAGAGAAACUAGUGAUGCCUUCUGUUGGCAAAGAGUUAAUACAAAAGUUUUACAAAGAGGAAUAAAUUAGUUUGUUGUGAAAAAGAGGAGUUUGAUAUUUCAGUCAGAACUCUCUGUCAAAGGGUGAUGAGAUUUACGAGCAACUGGUGAAUAAAUUCUUUCCGAAGCGUUAGAUUUCUCUUCAAGCAAAAACAACUUAUUCCACACUGAGAACAUUUUGUACUCUUCUUAGUCUAAAAAAACAUUUUAACUUGAUAACUACGUUUUAAUUAAUUAAUGGUAGUUGCUGUUGCAUUAAAUAAAGAAAUUUAGAGAUUUGUUUCAAAUACCUUAA